CAUCGUCACUCAGUCCCUCCAGCCAAAAUGGCGCUAUGUUUACGUCUCUGCAUAAUCGUUUAUUAUACUUAGCGAGUCUCAUGGAGAGCUUUGGAGAUUAUAUCGCUUGGAAAAGAAUUUGACUCAACUGCAACACUGAACCACGGCAUACAGCAGAUCUGUGGCUAUAAAGUUGAGCAGCAGCAACAUUAAGGAUGCAGGCUGAAGCCACAGACUCCUCACUGAGGGCGGGAAUUGAGGCUCUGGGGGUGAAGGACUCAGAAAAACAUGAUGCAGGAAAAGAGGAUGAAGCCAAUACAGAGCAACAGGACACAGAGAUGACAGCUGCCACGGAGGAGGACACAGCAGCCAAGGAUGACACAGAUGGUACCACAGAUGCAGUGGAAGGAGAGGCUCAGCAGGAUGAAGUUCAGGCUGACACAGGGCCCGUGGAUGCUGAGGAGGGAAAGCAGGCUGCACAAGUGGAUGGUGAAUGGGAGCUCGCGUACAGCGAUGAGGAAAUGGAGGACCCCAAAAACUGGAUGCCUCCUCCUGCUGAGAUCAAAAGACUCUAUGAGCUCCUGGCUAAAGGAGAGAUGCUGGAACUGAACUUUGUGCCCCUUCCCAGACGGCCCCCCACACCUGAACGCACCCCUUCACCUGAGAGAGAUGAGGAGGAAGAGGCAAUAAAAGAACGGGAGAGGCUGGAGAGAGAGCGCAAGCCUCCAACUCCAACUGAGUUUGACUUUGAUGAGGAGCAAACGCAAGCCACUCCCAAAAAUGCCUUCAUCAACAGACGCAGGAUGCCAGGAUCUUCAGCUCGCUCCUCGGUGAAGAGGGAAGCCAGGCUGGACAAAGUAUUGUCAGACAUGAAACGCCACCGCAAAAUUGAGGAGCACAUCUUGCGAACGGGGCGAGAUCUCUUCAAGACUGAGAAGAAGCUGGAGGAGGCCCUUUCUCCAAACAGCCAGAAGGAGCGGGAGAAGGAGAGGGAACGAGACAGCAACCCCAACACCAUCUUCUCCCCACGACAGAGGAGAUACUGAAGUAUUAAGAGAUGAUGAGGACUUAAUUGCCCUGAGGCAAACGAGCCCAAGAACUUUCCGAGGCUUUCUCAAAACUUGAAUUUUUUAUGUAACGAGUUUUGUAUGUUUUUGUGUUUUGUAUGAUGGCAAUAAACAAUUUAACCCUGGGAAA